AAAUAAAAACUGCAAAAGAAAGAGAACUAGAAGAAAAAGAAGAAUAAAAUAGAUAGAAUAGUGAUACCGUUGCAAAUUAUUACGAUAAUAAACACCAAAACAGAGAGAGAGAGAGAAAGAGAGAGGGCGGCAGGAUGUACGGCAGCAGCACACAGUUUCGCAGUUGGACUUUCAAGGACGAGCAUGAAUUGAAGCGGCUGAGAGUGCAGGCCAACGCGGACUUCAUUGACAAGUUCGGAGCGGACAUGACGGCGGAGCAGAGAAUGCAGCACUUCCUGACGGCAGAAGAGGAACACUUGAUGGUCAGGUCGUACGAACACUCUCUGCGGGACUUCUGCAAAAAGUUCCGAGAUCCACGUGACGGACGGAUCAGAAUGCUGCCCUCCGCCACCACCACCGCCCAGCAUUACUUCAAACGCUUUUACAUCUACAAUUCAGUCAUGGAUUAUCACCCUAAGGAGAUCCUAGUGACCUGCGUGUACCUGGCCUGCAAGAUUGAGGAGUUUUACGUGACCAUUAACGAUUUUGUCCACAACGUGAGAGGGGACAAGAAGAAGGCCAUCGAAAUUAUACUAAACAAUGAAUUACAGCUAACUCAAGAGCUACAGUUUAAUCUCAUUAUUCACCAGCCCUUCAGACCAGUGGAGGGAUUGCUCAUUGAUAUCAAGACCAGGUUUCCACAGCUGCACGACCCGGAGAGGCUGCGUCCAUACAUUGAGGAUUUCCUGGAGAGAGUUAACCUGACCGACGCCAUUCUUCUCUAUUCUCCCGGCCAGAUAGCGCUGGCGGCGGUGACCACAGCGGUGAGUCGGCUUGGUGAGAACUUGGACCAUUAUGUGACGGACAUUCUCUUCCCGGAGGAGCAGAAACACCACCUCUCCGUCCUUAUCGAGGCCGUCAGGAAAAUAAAGAAAAUGGUGAAGAACACGGAACCGCCACUGUCGGACUCUGUGAAGAAGGAGAUAGAGGCCAAAUUAGAACGCUGCCGAAAUCAACAAAACAACCCAAAUUCAUCACAGUAUCGCGCUAAUUACUCGGAGUGGGAUGACGAGGACCUCCCCAUCGCCUCCUCCCCCUUCAGCGGCGAUGUGUCCAUGGGGGUGGAGCGAAUUAGAUCUCCCUCGGCUUACUAAUGGUUCAUUGCCAGGAUUCGCCACA